AUGGCCCCCCUCAAACCCGGUGACAAGUUCCCCUCGGACGUUGUGUUCGACUGGGUGCCCAUCAAAAACCAAGACGCCACACUCGCUGGCACCCCACAAGAUUUCAACGCAUCCUCCGAAUGGAAAGGGAAGCGAGUGGUUCUCGUCUCUGUCCCUGGCGCCUUCACACCUAGCUGUCAAGCCUAUCAUCUGCCUCCCUACAUCGACCAGCUAGACAAGCUCAAAGCCAAAGGUGUAGACCAGGUUGCCGUGAUUGCCAGUAAUGAUGGAUGGGUAAUGAGCGCAUGGGGGAAAGUUAAUCGGGUGGAGGGUACGGAUAUUCUCUUCAUGGGCGACACCAAGUCGGGAUUCUCUAAGAAACAUGGAUGGGAUGCGGGAAUGGGCGAUCGGAACGGAAGAUGGGCUAUGGUCAUUGACCGAGAUGGCACGGUGAAGUAUGCGGAUAAUGAACAGGACCCCACCAAAGUGACGGUUUCCGGAGUGGAGGCUGUAUUGUCGAACUUGUGA